CAAUGUCAGUGUAAAUUGGCGCACGGCACGAUACUGAACUUAUACUUCUCUAAUCUACAACAGAACCGGUGACUAGUGAUAGCUGUGUUUAGAGUGGAAUUUAUUAUUUUUAAUUAGGUGAAUUUGCCAUGGCGCAGGAUUUUAUAACAAGGUUUCAUGAUAUAAAAGGAGAAUCAGUUGGAGAACGACAAAGAAAUCUGAACAAGUUUCUGAAAAAUAUAUCCCUAACUAAAGAGGAAACACAGGUUGUAUUAGACAAUCUCAGUCCAAAGACAUUCCUGGAAAAUUUAUUUUAUAUUGAUGUUUUAAUUGCCUUUAGAGAAACAGAUCGAUUAUUAGAGAUUUUUAAAGAAGGAAAUGGAGCUUUUGUCAGUAAAAUAAUAAAACAGAAAUGGUUUUUCCAGGAAGCUUUUAAUAAUGUUACUCCUAAGUCACUUGUUGACAAUUUUUUACCUUCGCUCUCUUUUUCUAUUAAAAUAAAGCUCUUAAGAAAUCUCUCGCUUGUAUAUACAGAAGAAGAGAUAGAUGAAAUUUUUGAUUACGUUGUAAAAAGGUAUGGGUUAUUUAUGGCAGAUCCAUUAAUAACUAUGUGCAGCUCAGAGAAAAUUGCUGCUGCUUUAAAAAAUUAUAAAAUCAAACUGUCAACUCAUCAACUGAAAAUAAUUUAUGGUAAAAAUCCUAAUUUAGUUAAUACGUAUUUAGAAGAACAAAAACAAUACAAUAAAAAAAAUAUUUUUGAUAACAACUUUAUGACAUAUUUAGCAGAGAAGAACUCGGUAUACUUUUUAGAAUUAAUUGGAGAGUACCAGAUUGAUGAAAACUUAAAAUUAGGUCGUAGGAUUACCAAAAAGUUAAUAUCUAUAAAAACGCAAGAAAUUGUAAAUGAUCCAGAGAAGUACAUUAAAUAUCUAAAGCAUGAAACCUUAGUCAGAAAAUUAAAUAAACAAGGUCACUUUAAGCAACUUUACUACAAUUUAUUUCCUAGAAAAAUUGAAGCAUUAGAAAAUGGUGAUGCCUUGUGCAACACCCUUUUAAGGUAUUAUCCAAAAAGUGACCAAUACAAUUUAUUUACUAAAACAUUUAAUAAUGUCAUGAAGGAAGACAUUUGGAAUUAUACUAGCUGCAUGCGGGACAAUAUCUUGGCUUUAAUUCCUAAUACAGAAAUAAGAGAUACCUGGGCAAAAAUAAGAUAUAAGGAAAGUGGUAAAGAAGAAUACUUGAAAUUUUAUGAAAUAAGUAAAGCUAUUAAUCUGAUCAAAGAAAAAAUCGAUAAAACAUCUGCUAUUAAAAAAAGAAGCAAACUGGUAUCCCUUUUGGUAAAAUCUUGUGGAAUAAAUAAAGAUCUAAAGAAUUUGGAAGAGGUGUUACAAUACUUCUGCAAGAGACACAAGAAUGAUGAUGGAAAUGUUAGAGAUAAAUUCCUAAUAGCACUAGAAAUUAACUUUGAUUUAAAGAAAUUUACAUCUAAUCACUGGAAAUACUUAACUGAAAUAUUCAUGGCUCAGAGUAUGAACAAGGAAUACAGCCCAUACGAUUUGAAACUUAGGAUUGAACACAUUAAUUAUUUAUUUAAUAAUAAUGGUUCAGAAGAAGAUAAAACAUAUUUCAUCUUGGAAUACAUAAAAGAGCAAGUACAAUCUUACUUCACCUUUCAUGCGUUCGAUACCAUAAAAAAUAUGGAAAUCCAGAAGAUCAUCUUGUUAAAAGCUGCAGAACAUAUUGAUUCCUUGAUAAAAACUUAUCAUAGAGAAGAUGACAUGUAUUAUAUAAAGUGUCAACUUGUUGGAAAAAUAUUUUGGUUCAAUAUAACAUACACAAAAAAUUCAAUCAACAUAGAAGAAAAUAAAACGUUGGUUGAGCAUAUAAAGACUAUUUUAAAAGGAGGUAAAUACGUACACUAUUUCCAAAUGUAUUUUCCUCGAAUUAUAUGCAAAUUAAAUCGCAGUGACUUUGAAAAUGAACUUCUAAAUUUUUAUUUGAAGGAUAAGUCUUUAAGGCAAUUUUCUUUUGAUAGGACAUUACGCUGGUGUCUAAAAUAUGACCCUAUGGUAGUUGUGAACAAUUUUGAUUCGAUAACGGAAUCAUUGCCACCAAAAUCGUAUUUUAUUUGGACUAGAAUUAAACGAUAUAAUCAUUUGUCUUUGGAUGAAAUGGUUAUAAAGCACUGUAUGCAUCUAUUGGAACAUGGUGAUGAUUUUCGGAAAUAUCAAAUUGUUGAACCUUUAUCAGUAUUACAGCAAUCUGAGGGUUACAUAAAAAUUAUGGAAGACCUUAAUCUUAUACCCACCUCUUCUAAAGUAGACUUAAAUGAUCCUGAGGCGAGGAAAGUGUAUCAACUUCAAAAAGCUUUUGUGAGAAAUUUCAAAAACGUAUGGAAUCCACUGAGAUAUCUGCCAGUGCUAAUAGACAAAUUCUGUAAAGGAGACUACUUACGGGAAUCUUUAAUUCCUUUAUAUACUGCAUUUCAUAAGACUCCUGAAAAUAAGUUAGAUAUAUACCUUGAUAAAUUAACUAAUAACAAGGCAAUGUCUGUCAAAAAACAUGGACUCUACUUAGCAUGUUAUGUGCUCCAUCAAGAAAAAGUUUGGCAAAUAUUUAAUAGCUUCCAAGAGGAUAAAAAUGAAUCUUUACAAAAGUGUGUAUGCCUAAGUUCUUUGCGGUAUUUUACAAAGGUCCAGACUCAGGAAUAUUUUGAAAAAGUCCUUUCAUAUUUGAAGUUCUUGAAAGAGUAUGAUAUGGAAUCACUGGAGAUACUUUCAUCUGCACAGAUUCCCAAACAAUAUAAGUCUUAUUACAUAACACACCUCUGGAAUUUAUUUGAAAAAUUAAAAACAAGUUCAAAUGCAGUUGGUAUUAACAAAUUAAUGUCAACAGUAUUAGGUAACAUCGACAAAAAAUGUCUCUCAAAUUUGCCAGAGGAUUUCUGUAAGGCCAUAAUAAAUAAUUAUUUUGACACAUGUGCGAAGAAAGAAGAAAUUUGUAAUAUUUUUAAAUUUACAAUUCAAUUUUUAAUGUACCAUAAAAACCAAAAUAAUAAUUUAAAUAAUGUUUUCCAAUUAGUAUCUGAUUAUAAAUCGCAGUCCUGGGAUUCAAAAGAUAAUGAACGAAGCGUUGUUCAUAAAUUUUUCAAAGCAUUUUUCACAACAGUUUUUGAAGAUGACCGAGAUUUAGAAUUUGUUACUAAAUUUGCUAGGGAAUGGGAAAAAAUAUUUAUCCCUAAUGAAACAUUUAAAGAGUAUGUUUUACUAAAUUUAUUGAGAUUUAAAAAAGAUGUGAGAGAUAAUGUCGAACUUUAUUCAAAACAUAUUGUCCUGUUUGCAGAAGAAGUCAGUGCUAAGUAUGGAGAGUUUGUUUUUUCAAAAUUGGUUCCAAUAAUCUAUGAAUUCUGUAUUUCUGGAAAGAAAGACACAGAAGUAAUUGAGUUAUUAACUACAAUGUUGAAAUACACUUCAUUAAAUAAUAUAAAUUGCAUUUUAGUUAUGGAAUUGAUUUCUAUUAAAGGCGACCUAUUUUAUAAGAAGAGAAUAAGACCUGUGUAUCACGGAAUUGAUUUAAUGUUAAAACAAAUAACUGAUUCCAAAGUACAGUUGUGUUACAACUUAUAUUCAAAUAAUGAAUAUAGGCCUUUACGAUGGCAUCUUAAAUAUGAUCCUUUGGUUAUUUUUUUAACACAUAAGAACUAUAGUGAACUCAUCAUGGCACAUGUUUUUCUAACAAAGUUCUCUCAAAUAGGAGGGGAAUCAAUUGGAGAACGACGAAGAAAUCUAAACAAAUUUCUAAAAGAUAUUUCCUUUUCUCUAGAUGAAAAAGAGUUUAUAUUAGACAACAUCAGUCGUAAAACAUACUUGGAAAAUUUAUUAUAUGUCAAUAUUUUGAUAUAUUACAAAGAAACUAGUAGAUUAGUGGAAAUUUUUAAAGAAGGGAAUGAAGUUUUUGUCAGCAAAAUAAUGAAACAUCCAUGGUUUUUCCAGGAGGCAUUUAGUAAUAUUACUCCUAAAACACUUGUAGAUGAUUUUUUGCCUUUGCUCUCUUUUUCUAUUAAAAUAAAAUUAUUGAGAAGUCUCUCCUAUGUGUAUAGUGAAGAGAAGAUAGGCCAAGUUUUUGAUCAUGUUAUGAGUAGGUACGGAUUGGUUUUAGCAGAGACACUUAUAACUUCAUGCAACUCACAAAAAAUUACAGAUAUUUUAAAGGAUUAUAAAAUAAAAUUUUCAAUUCAUCAGCUAAAAAUGAUAUACAAAAAAGAACCUAAAUUAAUUAAAAUUUAUUUAGAAGAACAAUACCAGUACUAUAAUAAUGAUAUUUUUGAUAACAACUUUUUAAUAUAUCUAGCUCAACAGAACCCUAUUUAUUUUUGGGAAUUAAUUGAAAAAUACCAAAUUAGCGGUGGUUUAAAACUAGGUCGCAGAACCACUAAAAAGUUGAUACCAACAAGAACAAAAGAAAUUGUAAAUGAUCCAGAUAAGUACAUAAAAUACUUGAGAUAUGAAACUUUGGUGAGAAAAUUAAACAAACAGGGUCAUUUUAAACAUCUUUAUUAUAAUUUAUUUCCUAGAAAAAUUGAAGCAAUACAAUACAGAAGAUCAUUGUGUGACACUCUUUUGAAGUAUUAUCCAAAAAGUGAUCAGUACAAUUUGUUUAGCAAAACAUUCAAUGACGUUAUAAAGAAAGAUAUUUGGAAUUAUACUAGCUGUAUUGCAGAUAAUAUCUUGGACUUGAUUAAUGAUAGUAAAGUAAGGGAAGCUUGGGCCCAAUUGAAAUAUAAAGAAAGUGGCGAUGAAAAAUAUUUAAAAUACUAUGAAAUUAAUAAAUCCAUUCCUAUAAUUAAAGAAAAAAUUAACACAACUUCCUGUAUUAAAAACAGAAGAAAACUAAUAUAUCUGUUAGUAAAUUGUUGUGCUGUAAAUAAGGAUUUAAAAUCUUUAGAAGAGGUUCUAAAAUACUUCUGCAUUAGACACAAGAAUGAUGAUAGAAGUACAAGAGUUCAGGUUUUGCAAACAAUUGAAUACAACUUUAAUUUAGAUGAAUUGACCUCCAGCCAGUGGAAAUAUAUAAUUGAAAUUUUGAAUAUUCAUACUUUAAACAAAGAGUAUGAACAAUAUAUGUCUAAUUUCCGGUUAAAACAUAUUGAAUAUCUGUUUAAUAAUAAUGGGUCAGAGGAGGAUAAAAGCUUUUUCAUUUUGGAAUACAUAAAGGAACAAGAAGAAUAUUGUAGCUUAUACUUAGACUUUGAUAUCAUAAAAAAAUCAGCAGAAGUCCAGAGGGCCAUCUUGUUACAGCUUACAGAAUAUUUAGAUACAAUUGUGAAAAGUGAUAGUGACAGCUGCUAUAAAAUAACUCAAUGUAUAGGAAAAAUAUUUUGGUUCAAUUCCAAAUACCCAGGAAAAUCUAUACAUACAGACAAUAAAACAUUGGUUGAAUGUUUAAGUAGUAUUACAAAAGAAGGACAAUAUAUGACGCAUAAUUUUGAAAAAUAUUUUCCCACACUUAUUUGCAAAUUAAAUCGCAAUGAAUUUGAAAAUGAACUACUAAAUUAUUUCUGGGUGAAUAAAUCAUUGAGGCAAAUUAGUUUUGAUCUUGUUUUACAGUGGUUCCUCACAUAUGAUCCUAUGGUAGUUGUGAACAAUUUUGACUUAAUAAUCGAAGCAUCGCUAUCACAAAAGUACCAUUUUUGGCAUAUAAUCAAACAAUACAGUCAUGUAUCAUUAGAUGAUAAGGUUGUAAAGUACUGUCUAGAUCAGUUAAAGAAAGAUGAUACUGAUCAAAAAUCUAAAUUUAUCCAACCUCUAUCCAUAAUAGGAACUCCUGAAUUAUAUAUAAAAACUAUAGAAGAUCUUAACCUUAUACCCACUUCUUCAAAAAUAGCGGUUGAUGAUACAGAAUCGAGAGAAAUGUUUAAAAUUCAAAAAGUUUUCCUGAAAAAAUUUCAAAAUGUUUGGAAUCCACUGGAAUAUCUUCCACUGUUAAUAGACAAAUUUUGCCAAGGGGAUUACUUACGAGAAUCUUUGACUCCCUUAUAUGUUGCUUUUCAUAAAAUUCCAGAAAAUAAAUUGGAAGUUUAUCUAAACAAAAUAACUGAUAACAAAGCUAUGUCGGUCAAGAAGCAUGGCCUUUUUUUGGCACGUUAUGUGUUCCCCCGAAAAAAAGUUUUAGAAAUAUUUAGUUCCUUCCAAGAAGAUAAAAAUGCAUCUUUACAGAAAUGUUUGUGCCUAAGCUCAUUGCGAUAUUUUACAAAAGUUCAGACUCGGGAAUGUUUUGAAAAACUGCUUUCAUACAUGACAUUCUUAAAAGAGCAUGAUAUAGAAUCAAUGGAGGUACUAUCGUCUGUGCAAAUUCCCAAAAAUUAUAAACCUCGCUAUAUAAUAAAUUUUUGGAAUUUAUUGGAGAAAUUAAAAACAAGUCCGAAUGCAAUCGGUUUUAACAAACUGAUGUCAACAGUCUUAGAUAACAUUGAUAAAGAAUGUCUUUCAAAUUUGCCUCAAGAUUUUUGCAAGGCCAUUAUAAACAAUUAUUUUGGGACAAAUUACAAAAAAGGAGAAGAAAUUGAUAAUAUAUUUGAAUUUGUAAUAAAAUUUUUAAUGCAUCAUAAAAAUCAAACUGAUAAUUUUAAUUAUGUAUUUUCGUUAUUAUCUAAUUGUAAAGCAAAGUUUUUUUAUUUAAAGAGUAAGGAACAAAGUAUGAUAUAUAACUUUUUCAAUGUAUUUUUUACCACAGCCUCUAAAGAGGAAGUGGAUUUAGAAUUUGUUAUAAAAUUUUCUACUGAAUGGGAAAAGGUAUUUACUGAACUAGACACAUUUAAGGAGCAUGUUUUACUCAAUUUGUUAAGAUUUAAAAAAGAGGCAAACGGCAAGAUUGAGCUGUAUUCAAAAAGUAUUGCCGACUUUGCAGAACAUAUUGAGGCUAAAUAUGGUGGGUUUAUCUUUUUAAAAUUUUGUACAAUAACAGCUGAAUUUUGUAUUUUUGGAAGUGACGAAGAAGUAAUACACUUAUUGACCGAAAUAUUAAAAUAUAAAACCUCAACUUUAAAUUGUAUUUUAGUUAUGGAACUGAUUACCACUAAGGGUGAUUUAUUUGAUAACAUUGGCGGAAUAAGAACUAUGUACCGAGAAAUCGAUUCAAUUUUGAAACAAGCAACUGAUCCCAAAGUUCAGCUUUGUUACAAUUUACUUACAAAAAAUUAAUUCAUUCGACAUGUUUCUGUAGAUAAUUUUUUUGUAGAUUUGCAAUUUUACUGAACUUUCCUAUUAUACCGAUUUUUAUUUUAGGAAGAUAGACACACCUGAUUACUGUCAGUAGAAAUUAUGUAUAUUUACAUAAGAAAUAGUUUCUAACGGUCAAUUGCAAUCACAUUUGGUUUGAAACAAUGAAUUUUUAUCCUUAUGUAAAUCUCGCAAAUGUGCAUACUUUUGUUGGAAACUGUUUUGAAUUACUCUAGGGACAAAGCCAAUAGUACCAACCUUAUGUAAAAAAAAUCUUUAUGGUCAAAAUAAACUAUUUAACUGAUUUACCUGUAUCCUUUAAUCAAAGUUGCUUCUUUUGGCCACUAGAGAGCAUUAAAGGACUCCGCAACUAUCCAUAUGGAAAACCGGUCCCGGUCGAAUGGUACGAAA